CCGUGGACGACAACGAGCGCCUUUCAUUUCACAGGAACCAAACGGAGCAACGUCCGAGAAAGACCAAUUGCCGCAUUCGGUUUGAUCCCAAAUGCCACGCGACCAUACUCAACUAACUCCUGACAAGGCUCUCUCGUCUUUUGCCUUGUCUACCAUCAGAGGUCUGGAGGCUGGCGAUUGACAAACGAUUCUAACAGCCCUCAAAAAAAAUCUAAGUCCCAUAAUUAUACAUUAUGACUAUGGUAUACAUGCAACUCUGAAUAAACUAGUCCGUCCCCGAGAUCGGCAUGGUUCGUUACAGGGCCACAUGUCAUGACACAGAUUAACCGGUAUUUCAUGGUAGCAUGAGCACGCCAUCGAAGCGAAACGAGCUUGCCGGGGCGGCAUGUCCAAAACCCUCGUCAACCUGUUUUCUGUACCCGUUGUUCCAGAUUGAAUUGGUCUACAACAGGCGAAAUAAGCAAUUGUUUGGCUUGACAGAAAAACACCGUUACAACAGACCGAAGACCUCGGUGGCCUUUGAAAUUUUUUUGCCGAAACGGCUUAUCGUGGGAUCAAGGUGUAAAUUGAGGCUGGCGAACGUUGUUUUCACACACGCGCGCGCGCGCGCGAGUUGUUCCGACUCGUGAAAAGGAACAAAUCCCCUGGAUGUUUUUUUUUUUUUUUUUUUUUUUUUUUUUUUUUUU